ACGAGUUUUAUAACAAAUGUUUUGAAAAUACGGAUGCCUCCUUAGGUCCCGCACCUAAUGCUUAUCACCUCACUCCAACAAUCGGUAUGCCAAAGACAACUGACCCAAGGUUUUGGCAAUCUCCUGCGUACACUUUGAGAGGCAAAAACGAUUUUCCAAUUUAUGUUUCGAGCCCCGGACCGGUGUACAGAGUGGACCGGAUGACACGGCAUGGCCCAUACACGACCGCCAAGGUCGACUUUGGAAAGGUUCUGGAUAAAAAGUUCAACGCACAGAGUCCGGGACCCGCUGCCUACUUGCCGUGCUAUCCGAAUUUGAAACGGGCGCCUACUCCAAAGUUGUUGUUACCCCUCACAGACGGAAAGAUAAAAAUUGGUCCUUCGCCCAACGCGUACACGUUGAGCAGUGAUCAUCGACCAUAUAUCAAGAGUAGGCGAAAAGGAUACACAAUAAAAUGGAGGACCAAAGAAUGUGGCACCGGCGCAGUGAAUUCCGGAAGUCCCGGGCCGGCAGCCUACAGCUCGACGAAUGCGGACGUGUAUAAAUACCACACGCCCGCCAAGACGUUCGGCAUACCUGUACGACCUACAGGCAAGAGCACAAAGACGCCACAUGCGUACCUUAUCGUGUCCGCUGACGGAUGCGUUGAACGUUGCAAGCCGAAAAAAUUCACGUUCGGUGUUAAGCACCCGUACAAACACCCACCCUACGUGGUGCCAGCCGACAACUGUCCCAUAUGACUAAUGGCACUGUGCGUGAUAUUAUACCUUCAAAAAAUUAAAAUUCCUGGUCUUCCACGUGCCUAUAUAAUACUACAAAUUACUGGAAAAUAAUUUACGGUUAUCCUCUCGCCACUGGCCAGUAUAUACUCGAGGGAUUCCAAGUCUCUUUUUAAAAUAUGAAACUGAAGAAAAACAAAAAAACCUUAAUGUAAAACAAACAUUUUAUAAUACCAGCCAUAUAUUAUUAAAAAAAAACCUU